GUUCAGCAGAAACUCUGAAACGGCCUUGCAAGGAAUCUACCACGUCAUUCAGAGGGCCUUGGUGAAACCUUCAAUUGAAAGCUCAGUUCUAAAGUCAUAGCCUUGCUAUGCAUACUUGAAACAAACUAUCGUAUGUUUUUUUGGCUAAAAGCUGUGUAUUGCCUUUGAAUCCAGUAUGAUAAGAUGCAGAGGUAAACCACGAUCAAGCGUAAUAUCACGGAGCAAAGCAGCACUCAAGAUUUCUAGUACCGAGCGACAUAUGUCAGCUUGAGCCUACGCAGAUAUGUCAUACAAAUUAUGCAUUCUUAUGUCGAAUAUCAAUCACCUUUGGCAUUGCCGAUGUAGCUGAAACAAUACAUCUGCAUCUUAUCACGACUGAUCGUGCUCUUAUCAUCACGUGACUGCGUCUGUUGAUGGCCCGUGCAAAUGAAGUUGUUGAACGGUGGAACAACUCCACAGUCCAUCUUCACCACACCUAUACCCCUGGCGGGAUAAUGCGCAAGAGCUCGGUGCAUAUAUAGACGCCACACGAAGCGGCGACCGAACCAAUGGCGCGUCCAAAGACAGUCCGCGCGCCCACAACCGCGAGUCUUCCCAGCAACCUCCGCAUCCCCUCAACAACGCCAUCGCUGGUGAAGUCAUUCGGGAAGCUCACCCGGCAGGCAUUGCUGGACCUCGUGUUCUACUGGCUGGACGAUCGCAAUGUGCAGUCCUUCUCGCCAUUCCUGGCACGAGAUGAAGCCGAAGCAGCGGACGACGAAGAACUCGGUCCGUACCCGGCCGAGCGGACCAUCGACGACGUGCGCAAUGCAUACCAGGAGCUACAGGUGCGCAAGGGUGGGAAACGAGAGGUGAUCGAUCGCAUACUCGAGGGCGACUGGAAACAUGGUAUCACCUUGCGCCAGCUCGCAAUGAUUGAUCUUCGCUACAUGGACGACCACCCGUCAAGUUUGCGAUGGACGGCGCUGGAGCUCACUCGCAUUGAUGCGGAUGGCGCGCAAUCACCCGAAACCGACGUUUCCUCCUAUAUUCCGCGUGUCCAUGCCUCCACCUUCCUUAGUAAUGUUCAGCAGCAAAUCUCUCCCCUGGUGAAGGCGCAUUACUACCUCGCUCGCUCGAAUACUUUGCCUCUCACUUUCCUCCGUAUAUUCGUGACCAGUUCGCCCUAUCAGCAUCCUCGCCAGCCACCUGAGACACUUACGGACUCGUCAAGAGUGAUAUAUGUUGCCUUUCCCGAUAGCUGCCCCUUCGUUUACACGUCCAUUGCGUCUUCUACAAGCUCCAAAGCCUCUCCCGCCAAUGCGGUCGCGACAGAUGCCCGAAGUUUACAGCGCAUCGUGCGCGACGCCGUCCCGAAAGCGCUAUCUCUCCCUCAGCGAAGAUACGCCCUUAAAGCGACAUCACUGACAGCGAAGAGUCUACAAGCAUUGUUAGCACUUCGAGGACCAGGUCGCUCGAACGGAGCGAAUGGCGCGUUCAGCAUAUUCGCCGAUGCCGUGGUAGAGGGGAGCCCGCUGGACCCACGACCAACGAAUACUGUUUCCCCGGAGGAACUCCUGAACCAAACCAAACCCGACAAAAUCAAGAACCAGCCCCCAGAAGACCAGAAAGAAAACGAAACACACCAACCCGGAAGAAAAACUCGCAACGCAGAAGAGGACACUCACAUCCCGAAAAAGCGCAAGCUGGCCAUCCACUCGCGCUUCGGCACUUCUGGGUCUCUGUCAUCUGCACCUCUGGACCGUCUUGACGUUAGGCUUCUGGACCGCCUGUAUGGAGAUGGGGAUGAGGAGGAUAGCGAUGCCGAUCACACGCAGCCGUCCCUCUCGCUUACGUUUGCCGGCUCGGAUGUUAUCAGUGGGGUUAGAAAGCUCGCCGAACUGGGUGUCGUUGACCCAGAGAGAAUGCCUUCCUGGAUGACGGGUGAAGAGGCUGUCAGCGUUGCCGUUAUUCGUCAAGGGCAUCGUGUGGUUAAGGAUAGUGGAUGAAAUGGGGUGGCCAUCGACCUAAUGCAUACUUUCACGUUCCCCGUGGCAUGACGCGACAAGCUGGGGUUCACGCAUCCAUUCCGGCGGGAGUCGCCUUGAACGGUAUAGAAAGGCGUUCAAGUGACCGUGCGCGGCCCAGAUCAUGCAGCCUGCGAUCCGCGAAAGGGUCACCUUUCGUCCUUGUUUAUGUGCAUCCACUCGACAAGGGGUUGGAUCUCACCGCGUACGACGAGACUUCGAACACCGCCAUGGUGUGAAGAAGGUAAUACGGUGGAGACUUAUCUUUGAAAGUGAACGGGUGAAUAGUCGGCGAAAGGGCUGUGAGUUUGAGAGCGGCUGCCUAGUACUCGCGCCAUAUGGC